AUGAACGCGCCCCGGAAUCUGCUGUUGCGCAGCCUGCGCGCUUCAAGGCCCAUCCCUCGGUGUCCGAGAUUGACCUCCGCCCCGCCGAAAAGACCCUUCACAUCAUCCACCUUUCGUCGCAAUACCAGGAAGCAGCCCGACGCCGAUGACCCGGAGUUUGUGUCGAUUCUCGAUGGACCGCCGCAGAUUGUUCGUGCAGGGAAGCGCCAUGGACCUGGCCUCAUCAUCCUCGCCAUCAUCCCCAUCACGGCCUUCAUUCUCGGCUCAUGGCAGGUCCAGCGUCUAGGCUGGAAGACGGAGCUCAUCGCAAAGUUCGAAGACCGCCUCGUCCGAGAUCCCCUCCCCCUCCCUCCCACCAUCGACCCCUCGGCCGUCCACGAGUUCGACUACCGCCGUGUCACAGCAACAGGCCGCUUCCGACACGACCAAGAGAUGCUUAUCGGACCGCGCAUGCGAGACGGUACUGACGGAUACAUGGUCAUUACACCGCUAGAGCGCGAGGACGCCACGACUAUUCUUGUAAACCGCGGCUGGAUCGACAAGAAGCACAGAGAUCAGAGGACGAGGCCGGAUGGGUUGCCCAAGGGCGAGGUCACUGUGGAGGGGUUGCUCAGAGAGCCAUGGAAGAAGAACAUGUUUACGCCUGACAAUCAGCCCGAGAAGGGCCUGUUUUAUUUCCCUGAUGUCAAGCAGAUGGCCGAGUUGACGGGAAGCCAGCCCGUCUGGAUUGAGGCCACUAUGGAACCCGAGUUCAUGCGGAUGGUCGACUAUGAAGCUCGCGGCAUUCCCUAUGGUCGAGCUGCAGAGGUCAACCUGCGAAAUAACCACGCCCAGUACAUUUUCACAUGGUACGGUCUCUGUGCCGCAACCUCCAUCAUGCUGUGGAUGGUCGUCAAGAAGCCCUCAAACGAGAUUGUUCGUCGGGUAGCCCGCUCCAAGGGCCUGUAA